AAGUUUCUACGUCUGAAAAACAGUUUUUCGAUGCUCGCCGGUCGCCAGUUUCGUCGUGGGAUUUCCUGUGAUAUCAUCGUUCGGGGUGGAGACUAAUCCAAUGACGUAAUGAACCAGAGGGUGUACAAUACAUACGGGGCGGCCGUAACGACGUGGAGGAGGAACACAUCGGUGAUGCUGGUACCAAUAGUGGUGGAUUCAGCUCUGCUUCUCUUGGUGGUACGGAAGAAGAACGUGGAAGAGGGGUGAGUGGUUGCAGUAUAAAUGUGGCCCGCGCAAGCUCCACCAAUCACUCGCCCUCUGACCUCCAAACUCCAAGCUCUCAAGCUCUCGUGGUACCAAACACCCCCUCUUCGUUCGUACGAUCAAGAGACAAGCCAGCACGUCGGCACUGUAACUCGUGCCUCGUGAUCACCGCGUGGUGGUGUCAUUCGAGUAUCAUCGCCGAGGACCGCUCGCUAUCAUCCAGGCCAACCCUUAACUUCGACUCCAGCAAAAACUCGAAAUUGUUCGCUUUACGUGGCAGUACGACUCGCUUAUUCCUUCGACCUGCGAUACCUCUUUAAUCUCACAAUCAUGGUAACGGUUGUGGCCUAUAUCCAACGAUGCAUGAUCAUUUUUGCCAUCCUAAUUUGUUAUUUUCACGUUCGGAGUGUACAUAGUGAAAGCGUGAAUUGCGAAGCAUUUCCGUACCAUCAAAUGUGUAGAGGUUCGAUGUCAAGAAAACGUGCAAUGUUCCCGAUCAUGUAUGGAUUAGGAUGCGAGGGGAAUGAAGGAAACGUAAAUUGCAUCAAGGAAUUUGAAGAAAGACAUCGUAUUCCUUACAUUCCUCUAUCCAAGUCAAAACUGUUGAUCGCUUUGCUCGAUGAUGAUCUGCAAAAGGAUAUUACACGAUCUGCUCGCCACAAAUUAAGAAACAAUGAAAUGAAUAAACGAAAGCCAUCUAUAGUAGAGAACUUCUUGUCGGAAUUGGACUCUUCGGACAACUAUUGAAUGAAAUGAUCAGGAAAUACAAAUUUUCUCGACUUGUGCAAACGUUUUUCAUCAUUUAAAAUUUUAGAAAUAUAUAUUUAGUCUUCUUUCUCUUUC